GGAGCGGCCAAACAGAGGAGGGGUAUAUGCGCUUUCCGGGAAGACGGCUCUAUUGUAUACUACUUCCGUUUCCUUUGGACUGUACACACGGGAAAUCCAGUAUGGCGACCGGUGGAGUGGAAGUUCGUUCAGCUGAUGUGGAGGAGGACGCAUCCCAGUUACUGUUCCCCAAAGAGUUCGAAAGUGCAGAAACACUGCUGAAUUCAGAAGUGCACAUGUUGUUGGAGCAUCGGAAACAACAAAAUGAGAGCGCAGAAGAGGAACAAGAGUUGUCCGAAGUAUUUAUGAAAACUCUUAACUACACAGCAAGGUUUAGUCGGUUCAAGAAUAGAGAAACCAUUGCCAGUGUCAGAAGCUUGCUGUUACAGAAAAAGCUGCACAGAUUUGAGUUGGCCUGUUUAGCCAACUUGUGUCCAGAAACAGCAGAUGAGGCAAAAGCACUGAUUCCCAGUCUUGAAGGACGAUUUGAAGAUGAGGAGUUACAGCAGAUCUUGGAUGAUAUUCAGACAAAGAGAAGCUUCCAGUACUAAAGAUGGAAAUCUCUUGUAAAGAUGGGACUACAUCCACUUUUCUGUGGCUUGUGCUGGUCAUCUCCAGUGUUCACCUUUGCCCCUCCAUUCUUUGGACUCUACUUGCAGAAGUUGUUGAUGCAUUUUAUUCUGUAUGAUAGUCUUUCCCGCCUAUGAAAAUAUUUUUUACAUAAUUCCUUCUACAAUGCUGAAUUUUGUCAGUAGGUAAACUGUUCAUCUGAACAUGGACAUUCUGAUAUUGGACAUCAAACCAAGCGACUUCUUGUAUUUAGAUACUGGCUAUUAUGUUUUCAUUAAUAGGUGUGGUUAUUUUACGUUGUACAGGAAGCUGAUGGGUUGUGUGCCUACCUAAUGUGUUUUUUUUUUUUUUUUUUUUUUUUUGUGAGAUUUUCACAGCUAAACUGAGUGACUAUGAAUGGUGGUUGAUUACAUAUCCCUCUUCUCAAAGGCAAUAAGUAAAUAAAAGGCAUAUUAAGGUACCCUCUUACAUUAAGAUGGUUUAGAUUUGUGGUAACUUUCUACAUAAGAAAGUUCCUGAUAUGUCAGCCUCUAGCUGUAGUUUAGGUACACAAACAAAUGGCAAUUUCUUAUUUCUUUUAUUAUAAUGUAGUCUGAGAUCCGGUCAAGCUAUGAGGAUCACCUUAAGGGAAUGUCAUCCGUUUGCGGCAAUCUGGGUGAAGAAAGUAAAUCCUACAUCUCUACACUGCAAGUUUAUUACUUUGGCGCUGUUAUAGUAAAAUGCAUGCAGCACCAAUAUGGAUAGUUUGAAGGAAAGGGGGGUGACCUGUGGCAGGCAUCAUGUGUUCACAUAAGCCACGAACCUAGACAUGUAAAAUCCCAGUUUGCAUUAUUAUUUCACAUCUGAGAUCGUGGAUCCCAGAUGCUGACUUUGCAAUGCCUAAAUGAAGAUGACAGAGAAGAGAUAUAAAAUUAAGCUUAUGGUAAAGUGAAUUCUUUUUGGGACUAGUAAAUGUUGUGUUUAACCUUCCAGGCUACUUGGCAUGCAAAUGAUUUGAUAAGAAGAAAUAUUUCUACGGAUGGAACCAUCUUUGCCUGCACAGGGCUUUAGUUUUUCAUUCAGUCAUUUGCUGCAGUGCUAUACUAAAAUGGCAUCCCCCUGAAUUUCUAACAACUUUUAAAAUCAGGUGCUCAUUGAAGGGCUUGGCACAGCACAAACCAGUUUUCCCAGCAAACUUACAAGCUAGCCUGAAAAAAAUAAAAAAAGACAGUGUCUAACAAUUUUCUUUGAUAACAGGGGUUCUGGUUGCACAGCAUUUGCAUAUGUAUUUGGGAGCCACACUGUCUCAUCUGGGCCCCUCUCUCUGUGAAGUGUAGUCCUAACUCAAAUGUUUGGGAAUCUCCACAUUGGAGCAUAUACAACAAUAGAUGAGGACUGGUAAUUCACAAUUUGAUUUUAGUGUCAGUCACUUUAAAAGCUGAAUGCAUAAUUGUUUAUACUCUAUGUGCGGAAGAUCAAGCACCUCUGGUAGUGUUGUGCUUUGUCCUAUCCCCUGUCACUUUUUUUCUUGACAGCUUGAUCUGCUUGUAAGUGCAUUAUAAAUAAAGGCUUGUGAAAUAAAAAAAAAUUGGAUAUGA